AUGCAUUCUACGGAUGACCACGUAAAGUACCUGUACCGCAUCCACAAAAAGGUGCAGCAUUUGAUUCUUAUGGGAUUCAGCAUGACGAAUGCCUCCAAGGAACUCGUAAAGAGCUGCUUCAGGAAAUCGACCACUGGGUGGAAUCACCGAACGGAAAAUGCAUAUUCUGGCUGA